CACUACCUCAUAAUCUUCUCUCUCUCUCUCUAAAAUCAAUGGAUCUUAUCGUGGAAACUAAAAGGCACAACCAAACAAAGAAACCCUACAGAGGAAUAAGGAUGAGAAAGUGGGGUAAAUGGGUAGCCGAAGUUCGUGAACCAAAUAAACGUUCAAGAAUUUGGCUCGGUUCUUAUUCUUCACCUGUUGCGGCGGCGCGUGCAUACGACACCGCCAUGUUUUACCUACGAGGUCCAAACGCACCACUUAAUUUCCCUGAAUAUGUCAUCGGAGAACAAGAACAUCUCCGGGAAAUCUCGGCUGCUUCUAUAAGGAAAAGGGCGACGGAAGUCGGAGCUAGAGUUGAUGCUAUUGAGAGUUCUCGCCGGUCUGAUAGUAGCAGGGGUGUGUUUUCUUACAAACCUGAUUUGAAUGAGUUCCCUGAUCCUGAAGAAUCUGAUGAGGAGUAAUAAGAAUUGGGGAUUAGAUUCGAAAUUUAUUAACCCAUCUUUUAUUAUUGAUGUUAUUAUUAUUAUUAUUAUUAUUAUUAUUAAUCAGAUGAAGAUGAAGAAAAGAGGUUGUUUUUGUAUAUUAUAGUUUGGGUUGUCGGAAUCUUUAGUUAGAUGAGAUGUUUAUAUAUGAAUGAAUGGAUAAUCCGAAGGGAUUGUAGUACUGUUUGAUUGAUUGAAUAAUUGAUUAAGAUGAACCCUAGAAAUAAAAGCUUGAA